AUGAAAUCCACAACACAAACAUCAUUGUUCAUUUUCUUCUUGUGCAUCAUAUCUUAUGCUCCUCUUCCAACAAUAUCUAUCAGCUUGUAUGAAUCUUUAUGCAAUGAGUACAACAACCCUGGCCAAAAUAUCCAAUUAUGCUUGAAUAUUUUGAAAACUGACCCAAAAAUCACCUCAGCCACAAAUUACCAUGACCUCUCGCUGCAUAUCUUGGAGCUGGUUCUAAAUGACGCAGCAGCGGUUCAACGUGAUUUUUUUGAAAAGAGAAAACUUUUUCCCACUGAUCCAGCUCUCAACAGUUGUUAUAAUGAAUUCUAUGUAACAACUAUUAAUGAAUUACAAAAGGCAUUGAUUUUGUUGCCAACUGAUCCUCAUACUGCAAGAGAUAGUGCAAUAGCUGCUGGUUUUGGAGCUAAUAAUUGUGAGACAGCUUUUGAAAAACCACAGGAAAAGUAUGUGCGUGCUGCAAUCCAUCUUCGAAACAAUGAAAUGUAUUUUCUAUGUGUAAUUGCAUCUUUAUCUAUAAUUCAUCUUAUGUAG